AUGUUUUUUCUUUUUUUUCUAGUUCCUAUUACUGAAACAUCAACAACAAAAAAGAAAAUUUCAAGUAAAGAAUUAAAAAAAUUAGUAGCUGCUGAAGAAGAUACUCCAAUGGAUAAAGAUGAAGAAACAGAAACUAUUAUUGAAACAAAACAAGAAGAAUCAAUUGAUAAACCAACGGAGAAAACAUUAACACGAAAAGAACUUAAAAAACAUGAAAAAAAAGCAGCUUUUGAAAAACUUAUUGCAGAAGCACCUGAAACUGAUCAAUUUUCUGUAUCUCAAGCAGCAGCACAAAAUCGACAAGCACAAUUAUUUGAAACUGCUAUUGAUAUUAAAAUCGAAAAUUUUUCAAUAUCAGCUCGAGGUAAUGAUUUAUUUGUUAAUGCUACUUUAAAUAUAGCUAAUGGUCGACGAUAUGGUCUUGUUGGACCAAAUGGUAUGGGUAAAACAACAUUACUUAAACAUAUUGCUAAUCGUCAAUUAGCUAUACCACCAAAUAUUGAUGUUUUAAUAUGUGAACAAGAAGUUCAAGCUGAUGAAAAAAGUGCUCUUGAAAUAUUAUUAAUGGCCGAUAAAAAACGUUUAAGUUUACUUGAAGAACAAAAACGACUUGAAUCACAACUUGAAACAUCCAAUGAUACUGACCUACAAAAUAAAUUACGACAUGUUUAUGAUGAAUUAAAAGCAAUUAAUGCUGAUGCAGCUGAACCAAAAGCACGACGAAUUCUAGCUGGUCUUGGUUUUACACCUAAAAUGAUAGCACGUCCAUCAAAAUCAUUUAGUGGUGGUUGGCGUAUGCGUAUAUCACUUGCUCGUGCACUUUAUAUGGAACCAACAUUAUUAAUGCUUGAUGAACCAACAAAUCAUCUUGAUCUUAAUGCUGUUAUUUGGCUUGAUAAUUAUUUACAAUCAUGGAAAAAAACUUUAUUAGUUGUAUCACAUGAUCAAUCAUUUUUAGAUAAUAUAUGUACCGAUGUAAUACAUUUAGAUGGAAAAAAAUUAUAUUAUUAUAAAGGAAAUUAUUCAUUAUUUAAAAAAAUGCUUUUACAAACACGUGCACAACAAUUAAAAGAUUAUGAAAAACAAGAACGUGCAUUAGAUGCAUUAAAAAAACAAGGUCAUUCAUCAAAACAAGCAUCAGCGAAAGUGGGUAGACAUGAAGAACAAAAAUCAAAAGAUAAAAAUCGUGGACGAAAACAAGAUACAGCUGAUGAUGAAACAGUUAAUAGAAAAGAAUUAUUACAAAAACCAAAAGAAUAUCAAGUUCGAUUUCGUUUUCCAUCACCACCACCAUUAAAUCCACCUGUAUUAGGUGCAUAUGAUGUUACAUUUCGUUAUGAAAAUCGUGAAACACUUUUUGAAAAACUUAAUUUUGGUGUUGAUAUGGCUAGUCGAAUUGCCAUUGUUGGACCUAAUGGUGUUGGUAAGAGUACAUUUUUAAAAUUAUUAAUGAGUGUAUUAGAACCCACUCGUGGUGAAAUUCGUCGAAAUCAUCGUCUUCGUAUUGGUCGUUUUGAUCAACAUGCUGGUGAACAAUUCGACUUAGAAUUAUCAGCUGUUGAGCAUUUAAAACGAUCAUUUAAUAUGCCUGAACAAGAUACAAGAAAAUCUCUCGGAAGUGUUGGUUUACCUGGUCGUGCUCAUACAAUUAAAAUGAAAGAUUUAUCUGGUGGACAAAAAGCUCGUGUUGCACUAUCAGAUUUAAUAGCACGUGAACCUGAUGUAUUAAUUCUUGAUGAACCAACAAAUAAUCUUGACAUUGAAUCAAUUGAUGCAUUAGCUGAGGCAAUCAAUGAGUUCAAAGGUGGCGUUAUUAUUGUUUCACAUGAUGAAAGACUAAUUCGUGAAACAAAUUGUCAACUAUGGGUUAUUGAAAGCAAACAAAUUAAUGAAAUUGAUGGAGAUUUUGAUGAUUAUAGAAAGGAAUUACUUGAUUCAUUGGGUGAAGCUAUUAUUCAUAAUCCAAGUGCAGCAGCAACAGCAGCUACGACUAUUUAA